GGGAGUAGUACUGACUGUCACUCAGUCCCCGGGCGGGCCUAGAUAAGCUGGCUCCCAAUUCUUUCCGCCAUGCGUUACUGUACCAAUGGCUCCCCACCUCCUGGCCGUGGCCGUGGCCGUGGCGGCCAUCAUCGCCACCGUCUCGUUGCUGGCGCCCGGCGCCGCUGCCUACCCGUGGCCAGUUUGUGGGACGAGCAACGACUUCGAGCCCAACAGCACAUACCAGGCCAACCUCAACCUCCUCGCCGCCAUGCUGCCCAACAACGUGUCCGCAUCCCCGGUCCUCUACGCCACCGCCGUCGUCGGCGCCGUCCCGGAGCAGGUCUGGGGCAUGGGACUCUGCCGCGGCGACGCCAACGCCAGCAGCUGCCUCGCCUGCCUCACCCAGGCGUUCCAGGACCUGCCCAACGACUGCUCCUACAACAAGGACGCCGCCAUCUACUACGACCCCUGCACCCUCCACUACUCCGACGUCCACACCCUCGCCGACGACGACACCGGCCCGACGACCAUGUCGUACAACAUCAACAACAACGCCAACGUCACCUCGGACCCGGCCCGGUUCGAGCGCCUCCUCGCCGCCCUCGUCAACGCCACCGCCGAGCACGCCGCGUCCAACUCCACCCGGCGAUUCGCCACGGGGGAGGCCGACGCCGACUUCGACCGGCAGUUCCCCAAGGUGUACGCGCUGGCGCAGUGCACGCCGGACCAGACGCCGGCGCAGUGCCGCAAGUGCCUCGCCGGCCUCAUAUCGCAGUCGCUGGACGGGUUCCAGAACAACAUCGGAGGCAGGGUGCUCUGGGUCAACUGCACCUGGCGGUACGAGACCUCGCCCUUCUUCAAUGGACCGGCCAUGGUGCGCCUGGCAUCGUCGUCGAGCCCUCCGGCAGCGGCAGCGGCAGGUGGAGGGGAGAGGAAGUACAGCGUGUUCAUCGUGGUUCUUGCAGUUGUGCUGCCCACUCUAGCUGCCCUGAAUCUUGUGUUUUGCUUCUGUUUCUGGCGGCGGCCAGCACCACAGGCAAAGCAGUCACAGCCCAUGUAUUCCACCGAAGCAGAGGACGUGGAAACGGUGGACUCCAUGAUGAUCGACGUCUCCGCCCUGCGAGCCGCAACAGGGAAUUUCGACGAGAGCAACAAGCUCGGCGAAGGCGGGUUUGGCGCGGUGUACAAGGUAAGCUGCUGGCGCACCGGUGUGUCAUUUGUUCAGGGCGUCCUCCCGGACGGCGACGAGAUAGCGGUGAAGCGUCUGUCGAAGAGCUCGACGCAGGGAGUGGAGGAGCUGAAGAACGAGCUCGCGCUGGUCGCCAGGCUGAGGCACAGGAACCUCGUCAGGCUCGUCGGCGUGUGCCUGGAGCAGCAAGAACGGCUGCUCGUCUACGAGUUUGUCCCCAACCGGAGCCUCGACCUGGUACUCUUCGGUACCGACACGCGUGAGCCGCUCAGCUGGGAGCAGAGGUACAGGAUCAUAAACGGCAUCGCUCGAGGCCUGCAGUACCUCCACGAGGACUCCCAGCUCAAGGUAGUCCACCGUGAUCUCAAGGCCAGCAACAUCCUGCUAGACGUGGAGAUGAACCCCAAGAUCUCAGAUUUCGGCCUCGCGAGGAUCUUCGGCCGGGACCAGACGCAGGCCGUCACCAGCCGCGUUGUCGGAACCUAUGGGUACCUAGCACCAGAAUACCUGAUGCGCGGGAACUACUCCGUGAAAUCGGACGCCUUCAGCUUCGGCGUCAUGGUGCUGGAGAUCGUCACCGGGAGGAAGAACAACGGCAGCUCCCACAAGUCCGGAGACCUCUUGACCACCGUAUGGGAGCACUGGGAGGCCGGGACGGUGGCGGAGCUGGUGGACCCGUCCCUGGGCGGAAGCUUCCCGGAGGGCGACGUGCUGAGGUGCAUCCACAUCGGUCUGCUCUGCGUCCAGGGGGACCCCGCUGCCCGCCCGGUGAUGUCGUCCGUCGUGACGAUGCUUGGAACCGACACGGUCACCCUCCAGGCUCCAUCCAAGCCGGGAUUCUUCGCCAGAAAGAGUGGCACUAGCACGACCGUGUCCGCUGAUGAUGGGUCGAUUUAGAGAUUGCCACUAGAGUACAGAGUUGCCAGAAAGAGUAGCUCCUUUUUUUAACGAUAGCCAUCUCUAUCGCUAAUAAGAUCCUGCGUUUUAUUAGUAUGGGAGGCAUGGGAUUAUUGAAGGUCUCCUUGACUCUAAAGAAAAUGUCUUAGGACAGACUUGAGCCUAAACGUCUUUGUUCAACCAAAACUUUCUAAACCCUUCCCAUUUUGAUUGCACUGUUUUCUCA